GAACAGGGUGAUCAUGAUGUUAUCUGCCCCCUUCCCUCCCUCUUCCUACUCAUGCCCAUAAUUAGACGCGCACUCAGCACCAUGUCCAAACGCACUUUUACCCUCAACGACGGCAAGGUCGUCCCCGCCCUCGCCUGGGGCUCUGGUACCAGCGGUAUCUUUGGGAAUGCCGAUUUGGCUGUCAAGGCUGGAGUCGUUGCCCUUGAGAAGGGUUUCAAGCACGUCGAUACCGCCCAGGUUUACCACACCGAGGAGGCUGUGGGCCAGGCUGUCAAAAAGUCUGGUCUGGACAGGAAGAGUCUCUUCCUGACCACCAAAAUUUCGGAAAAACUCCCCAGCGAUAGGGAAGCCAUCCGCAAGAGUGUCGCUGCCUCCGUCGAAAAGCUGCAGUCCAAGCCUGACCUUCUCAUCAUCCACUUCCCAUCCGUCGCCAGAGAUGGUGACCUCGGCAAGUUCUGGACCGAGCUCGAGGAGCUUGUCCUGGACGGGACUCUUGAAGGAGUCAGCCUGGGUGUCAGCAACUUUAGACCGCAAGACCUUGAGGCUAUUCUGAAGGUUGCCAGAAUCAAGCCUACUGUCAACCGUACAUUUCAACUCUACUCUUCACGAUAUGCGCUAAUAUUGUGUAAAGAGCUUGAGUACCACCCCUACGUCCUCACUCAUCUCGCGCCCAUCCUCAAGAUCGGCAAAGAGCACAACAUCAUCACCGAGUCCUACGGCGCCCUCACCCCUAUCCUCCGUCACCCCACCGGUGGUCCCCUCAAGCCUGUCCUCGAACGCAUCGCCCAGCGCCUCUCCAAGGACACCGGUAAAGAGCUCGACUCCACUGCGGUGCUUAUCCUCUGGACUAUCCAGAAGGGUGUCAUCGCUGUGACUACUUCCAAGACUGAUAAGAGGAUUGAGUCUCUUGUCGCGAUUGAUGACCUGCCCGACUUGACAGCCGAGGAGGUCAAGGAGAUUGAGGAGGUCGGCAGCAAGGUGCAUUUCAGGCAUUACACUGUACGUACUCUCUCUCCUGUACAGGCUGGCGAUGCUAAUCCUCAAACUUAGGAACAUGUCACGACCGAUUUCCCCAACCCCGAUCUCCCCGAUGGUACACAGUAGAGCGGCGUCCAGUAGAGAAUUCAGUUGUUAGACGUAUCAGGAGAUGAAUAAAAGAUUUCGAUUUGUCGGGCAUCAUGCUGACAGAGCACAUGAAGAGCCAUACAAGUCGUCUGUGAACCUCGCGUCGGU